AUGAUGAAUCAUUCUUGGACUCAGUUGGACAAGGAACUUAGAGCUAAGACUGCAAAUAGAAGUAAAAGUUGUGUUGAAUCGUCCCGCAUAGGAAAGUUAAGAAACUUUGUAAAUGUUUAUAAGGAGUUGGGGCAUUUCCCCAUUGGCAAUUGGUUUCGGGGUGGAACCUCAACUUUUCUUUAUGGUGUUAGACGCAAAAUACUGAAAAUUUAUAUCCAUUUUCCUUUUGCACUUGGACGAUGGGGCUAUUCUUCAAAGCAAGUAUCGAUCAUGGCCCGAGGAACUGAGGAGAAAUUAUCAGCUAAGCGAGAUAAAAGCCAUGUCUUAUUUGGUGGGACUAAGAUAUUGCAGCAUACUCCGGAUAAGGGCUUUCCUUUAAAAACCCCCGAUGGUGGCUGUGUGGCUGUUGUUCUGAGGACUGGGUUUGAAACAAGUCAGGGGAAACUUAUGCGUACAAUUUUGUUUUCUACAGAGAGGGUUACAGCUAACAGCUGGGAAAGUGGGUUGUUCAUUUUGUUCUUGGUCAUAUUUGCAGUGAUAGCUGCUGGUUAUGUACUAAAGAAGGGGCUUGAGGAUCCCACUAGGAGCAAGUACAAGCUUUUCCUUAGUUGUUCACUCAUUAUUACUUCUGUGAUUCCUCCUGAGCUGCCAAUGGAAUUAUCUAUAGCUGUUAAUACAUCUCUAAUUGCUCUUGCACGUCGCGGAAUAUUUUGUACCGAACCUUUCCGAAUUCCUUUUGCUGGAAAGGUUGAUAUCUGCUGUUUUGACAAAACUGGAACACUUACAUCAGACGAUAUGGAAUUCUGUGGAGUUGUUGGGUCAACUAGCAGUACAGAUUUAGAAGCUGACAUGAGUAACGUGCCUGUGCGCACAGCAGAGAUUUUGGCGUCUUGCCAUGCCUUGGUGUUUGUGGAUAAUAAGCUGGUUGGUGAUCCUCUUGAAAAGGCUGCCCUUAAAGGAAUAGAUUGGACGUUCAAAUCUGAUGAGAAGGCCUUGCCAAAAAAGGGAAGUGGUCAUGCUGUGCUGAUUGUUCAGAGACAUCACUUUGCUUCCUACUUGAAAAGAAUGGCAGUUGUAGUGCGCAUUGAAGAGAAUUUUUUUGCUUUUGUGAAGGGUGCCCCUGAAACCAUUCAGGGUAGACUCACUCAAGUGCCAUCAUUUUAUGUCGAAACUUACAAGAAAUUUACUCGACAAGGGUCUCGCGUUCUGGCCCUUGCCUACAAAUCUCUUCCUGACAUGACAGUUAGCGAAGCCAGAAGCUUGGAUAGGGAUGUGGUGGAGAGUGGCCUUACCUUUGCUGGUUUUGCGGUUUUUAACUGUCCUAUUAGAUCAGAUUCAGCUGCUAUUUUAUCUGAGCUUAAACGAUCGUCGCAUGAUUUGGUGAUGAUUACUGGUGAUCAGGCUCUUACAGCUUGCCAUGUUGCUAGCCAAGUUCAUAUUAUUUCAAAAUCAGCAUUAAUUCUUGGUCCAAAGAGGGACGGUGAAGGAUAUGAGUGGAUAUCUCCUGAUGAGACUCAGAUGAUUCCUUACAAUGAAAACGAGGUGGAAGCUUUGUCUGAGACUCAUGAUCUCUGUAUUGGUGGUGACUGCUUUGAAAUGUUGCUACAAACCUCAGCUGUUAUACGAGUCAUUCCAUACGUCAAGGUUUAUGCGAGAGUUGCUCCUGAGCAGAAGGAGCUGAUUUUGACUACCUUCAAAACAGUGGGGAGGAUAACGUUGAUGUGUGGGGAUGGAACCAAUGACGUUGGAGCGUUGAAGCAGGCCCAUGUGGGAGUUGCUCUAUUGAAUGCGGUGCCGCCAACUCAGAGUGGAAAGCCGCCCAGUGAAACGUCUAAAGAUCCAAAGAAGUCCAAGUCUGCAUUGGAUGUUGCAGGUAAAUCUACUAGUGUAAAUAGAGAAGUCUCUUCAAAGGGAAAAGCCACCGCAAAAUUGGAUCCCAAUAGCAACUCAGCUGGUAACAGGAAUCUGUCGGCUGCCGAGUUGAAACGGCAGAAGCUAGCUUCAUUGCAAAAGAGACUAAUGGAUGAGAUGAAUGAGGAGGGGGAUGGUCGCUCAGCUCCAAUUGUAAAGCUUGGGGAUGCUUCCAUGGCAUCACCAUUCACAGCGAAGCAUGCAUCAGUUGCUCCAACCACUGACAUAAUUCGUCAAGGUCGCAGUACUCUGGUGACUACCCUCCAGAUGUUUAAAAUACUAGGCCUCAACUGCCUCGCGACAGCUUAUGUGCUGAGUGUUAUGUACUUGGAUGGUGUCAAGCUGGGUGAUGUGCAGGCUACUAUUAGCGGUGUGUUUACAGCUGCCUUUUUCCUAUUCAUCUCACAUGCGCGCCCUCUUCCAACCCUUUCAGCUGAACGGCCUCAUCCGAAUGUCUUCUGCUCCUAUGUCUUUCUUUCUCUGUUGGGACAGUUUGCAAUCCACUUAUUUUUCUUGAUAUCUUCUGUGAACGAGGCUGAGAGAUACAUGCCGGACGAGUGCAUUGAACCAGACUCUGAUUUUCAUCCCAACCUUGUAAAUACAGUCUCGUACAUGGUGAGCAUGAUGCUACAGGUGGCCACCUUUGCUGUGAACUACAUGGGGCAUCCGUUCAAUCAGAGCGUCACAGAAAACAAGCCAUUCUUGUAUGCCAUCGUGGCUGCGGCUGGUUUCUUCACAGUUAUCACAUCUGAUCUAUUCAGGGACUUGAAUGACUGGCUUAGACUGGUGCCGUUGCCAGUGGGAUUGAGAAACAAGUUACUGUUGUGGGCUCUUCUCAUGUUUGUGACCUGCUACUCGUGGGAGAAAUUUUUACGGUGGGCAUUCCCGGGCAAGAUUCCAGCCUGGAAGAAGCGACAACGGAUUGCUGCUUCCAGUCUCGAGAAGAAGAAACAACUUUGAGCGAGUACAAGCUCAACGCCGGACUGCGAUUCGACAUUUUUGGCAAAUGGGCAAUGCAGAGUUAUAUACAGCUGAAUGGAGCUCUAUUAUGCCACAGGAGGUUCCAUCCCCUCUUUGAUAGGAGAUUUUUAUUGAGUUGAAUUUGUAGGAGGAUUAUUUUUGGGACCUCUGCCCUAUAAACAAACUGUAUUCCUAAUAGUUGCUUUUACAAAUUGUUUUGACCCUUCAUAUCCCUUGUAUUUGGAAUUACUUGCCAAAAACUAUAAAUUCUGUAGCCCCAUUUCGAUAUGAUGUUUUCAUCAUUAGUUCUA